UAUCCUAGGCAUCGUAAGCGAGAGAGAGAAAAAAGAAGGAGAAGAGAGAGAGAGAGAGACGGCCGAGAUCAGCACUCCGGUCACGAUCGACCGACGGUUCCAGCGGCCCUGCUCCACCUGGGGACGAUCAUGAUACUCGCGAUCCUGUGCAGCCUCGUCGUCGUCGUCGGGCGAUCCGUCGCUUCGCCGAUCGCCGCCAACGUCUGGCUGAGCCCGAUACCAGCCCUCUCGCCGCUCAGGCAGUAUCACAUACAAGACGGAUCGGGCGCGUACAAGUACUCCUUCACGGGGCCUCAUCAUGCCAAAGCGGAAUCCACGUUGAACGGCGUGACGCAGGGUGGAUACUCCUAUAUCGAUGCAAAUGGAAUUUUGCAAACGGUCUCGUACACGGCGGACGAUCAGAAUGGAUUCCGAGUGAGCGCGAGCAAUUUGCCGCAACCGUCCACCAAGGAUGAGUUGCAGACGAUGCAGGAUACGCCGGAGGUGGCCGCUGCCAAGCGGAACCAUCUCGAGGAGUUGCAGAAGGAGUCGCAUCAGGCGAUCAAUUGGCAGGAUCAGAAUCUCCUGUCGUACAAGAUCGUGCCGUCGUACUUCAGCCUCGCGCAGAUCCAACAGGAGGAGGGAAACGGCAAGGCUGGCGAGCUGAACUCGAACGCGCGAGACGCGGAGAGCACGAAGAAUCCGUUUUUACUGGCGAAGUCGGAGGCGGACAAGAUCGACGUGCCGAAGCCGGAUCCGAGUCUCUCUAAGAUAACGUCCGCGCCUUCGCUGCCCACUGCGGCGACCGGCCUGCCCGCAUCGUCGGCGCUGCUGCGGGAGAACGCGCUCUUCAAGGACGAGGAGCGGACGUCUCAGAAUCAGAACGCCUUGCACCUCGGCAAACUGACGCCGCUCGCUGCGUCGAUCCAGAGACCGUUGGCCAUGCCGACGCCCUACGUGUUCUCGGUGCUGCCAUACCGAUUCCUCCACAGCUCGCUGCAUCACACGCAGGACUCGCUCGGCCAGUACGACUACACUUACUCCGGGGACUCGAGCGCUAAGACCGAGUCCAGGUCGCUCGACGGCACCACCAGGGGUGCCUACAGUUACAUCGAUCCUAACGGGAUUCUCCAGCAGGUGCACUACAUCGCCGAUCACAACGGGUUCCGGGUGAUGGCGACCAACCUCCCCGAGGCGAAGUGACGGCCCUUCCCCGCGUCGAAUGUCCCGGGCGGGCGCCUUCGUCUCUCCGAGGUGCGGCGUCGACUUGUGAGAUACGAGACGUUGGUCGAGCCGAUCCUACCCUCUGCAGAAGACAAUCCCUCUUCGGAACGGCGAAUUUCGAACUCGCCUGUUCCGCAACAUCGAACGUAGUUUAUACAUCUAUAUGUUGUUUCUCGCGAAUUCCCGCGAGAGCCGGAAGAGCGAAAACGGAUGUCGACGUCGCGGCCCUCCGUGCGCAUUCCUUUCAUCGGCGCGUCGUUUAAACGUUCGCCGCUUGCCGCCGAUUACUUUUAAGUUAACGGCUACUUCGCUCGCAACGACGAGAACGGAGUAAAAAGGAGGGCGCGUGUCCUUCAGCGGGAAAUCUGUAUGCAAAUGCGACGUCUGUCUCUCUCUCUCUCUUUCUCUCUCUCUCUAAUAGGUAUCGGUGUCGGGGAUCCUCGAGGAAAUAUCCUCGCGAAUGCAUCUCGAGUCCGUUCGAUAUUUAUUCACGCGGGGACGCGGAGGAGCGGACUUGAUUUGUAUUCGAACACGUUCUCUCUCCCUCUCUCUUUCUUAAGACUAACUUUGCUCCCGUUUUCCCUCGCCCUUCUUUCUGUUUUAUAACAAUGUCGAGCUUACUCUCACGAUAGCGGCAGCGCUACCGGAUAAAUUAUUUCGCGGUGUACAUCGUAGAGACGAUCCACCCUCUCUCAUUAUCUUUGUCGCGAGAACGGGCCGGUGUGAAGAGAACGACUCAACGACGGCGCACUUUCAAGAUCGUCAGCGGACUCGAUCAUAUCUGAGAUAAAUGCAGACGGGGAAUGCGCGAUCUUCGCUGUCUCCGCAAAUUCUCUCGUCACUCCUCCGAUUUCUCCAUCCGACGUAUGAUAUUGUACAUGCAAACACUUAAAUAUAAAUGAGUAUAAUAAAUUUAAUAAGCAAAUCUCCACCGAUCGCAUCUUCAACGGGACUGUAGAACCUGAAAACAAAAUACGGUUUCGCCGCUCUGCCCUCCGCUUCCACGCCCGAGGCGAAGAUUGAGCA